CUGAACUUAGAGGGUCUCUCUCCAUCCAGGCGACAAGUCACAGGCACGAGCCGCAGAGUGGAGCUCGCGCUGUUCGAAGACAAAAGACUUCCCCUCGUCUUCCCGCCGGAUACCGAACUCACCCUGGGCUCGCCGAACACCAUGGGAUCCCACUCAUCCAAGGGAGAGGUGUCCGCGGAGGGGGCCCCCCCCCCCGCCGCCGCCGCCGGGGACCCGGCCGCCGCGGCCGCAGCUGUCAAGACCAACGGACAGGAGAACGGGCACGUGAAAACCAACGGCGACGUCUCCACCAAGCCGGACGGGGACGCCGCCGCCUCCAACGGCUCGGCCGAGGCGGCCAAGGAGCCCGAGGCCGGGGCGGGGGGCGACGCCAUCGAGCCGGCCCCGGCCGCCGACGGGGAGGCCAAAGCCGAGGGCGAGGGCGCCGCCAAGGAGACCCCCAAGAAGAAGAAGAGCAAGAAGUUCUCCCUCAAGAAGUCCUUCAACAUCAAGCUCAACCUGAAGAAGAGCAAGAAGGGCGAGGCGGUGAAAGAGGAGGUGGCGGCCGCCGCCCCCGCCGAGGAGAAGCCGGCUGAGAACGGGGCGGCGGCCCCAGCCGAGGAGAAGAAGGAGGAGGUGAAGGAGGAAGCCGCUCCCGCUCCUGCCCCCGCUCCUGCUCCUGCUGCAGAGGCUGUGGCCGACGCUCCAAAGCCAGAGGAGGCGCCAGCUAAGGAGGAGGCGCCCAAGGAGGAGGCCAAGGAGGCAGCUGCCCCGGCCCCCGAGGCUACGAAACCUACGGAGGAGAGCAGCUCAACCCCCGCCCCCUCUGAAAAGAAAGAGUGA